AUGCCGAUCUAUCACAUAGUACUCUUCAAACUCAAGCCUGGGGUUACUGAAAACCAGAUUGCCGAGAUGCGCGCUGCUGGCGAAGCCAUGGUUGGGGUAGUUCCAGGCCUCAAGAGCUUCGAGAUGGGACCUCCAUUGGCUAGCACCGCACACCGAUCGCGGGGCUUUGACAUGGGCCUAUUCACCAUCUUGGAGACAGAGGAGCAGGUCCUUGCUUAUGCAGGCCACCCGGCUCACCAAAAGGUUCAUAAGAUUCGGGAGGCUAUCUGCGAUGAUACCUUGGCAUAUGACAUGGUUCUGUAG